GAGUACAUUAAUAAACUAAAUUAAUAUAAAACCAAGGUUCAAACACUACAGUGUGCAUGUUAAUGUAUUGUAGCUUCAGUUGGAGAAAAUCAUGCUGAAUCACAGUGAUAUACCUACCUGAAAUAUCAUUCCGGCCUAUUUCAUCAAUGAAUGUUUUUUAAUUUUUACACAAUAUGCUUCACGACUCGUAUCACAUUUUCCAGAUAUCAUAAAACUUAUUAUGGCUACCAAAAAAUCCCGAGGUGUUCGUAGGGCAAAUCUAUUUAGAUCUGUCUGUCAGCAUUCUGAAAAAAAAAACUGACAUCUUCCUGACAAAUAUUAAAUAUUCCUGAGUUUUUGUAAAAUGCCCAGAGACCCUGAAAUUCUUGAUUCAAAUUUGUCAGAAGCGGUACUAUUUGCAAUACUGGUCUAUGUAUUAUUCCUUGGGACUUCGUUUUUUGUUCAACACAUCAUUGUACACCGACUGGUAUGCCCAUUUUCCGGAUGGGUACUUCACGGUGGAAGAGACUGGUGCAGUAAAUGUCCUAAUUGCGGUUUGGAACAGAGUCCUAGAAGUGUGUUUUGUUGCACGAGAAAGCAUUCCGUCUAUUUAAGAAUAAUACAUUAGAUAAAGGUAUUGUUAAUAAAACCAAGUAUACCCACCUAUAAGACAAAGAUAUUUAUUUCAAAAAUUAUUGAUCAAAAC